CGCUCCUCGCUCCAGCACAAGACCGGCUCCCAGUUCGUCUAUCCUCGGUCGGAUCGGUGUUAUUCGAAGGUGUAGCUGAAGUUUUGCCGACUAGUUCAAGUGUCCCCAUCGUGUCGGUGUUGCAGAAGAGGAGUGUGGUGCAAAGUGGGGAGACAGGAAGAGGCGACAGACCUGCGCGCGGCUCAGCUGAACGGUCUGGAGCGUCAUAGGCGUCAGGUCGGUCGGCCGAACAGCUGGCCACCGGAGAUCGUUAGGUGUACCAGCUCAAGAACGACGCAGUAGUUCUAGUCUCGCGAAGUGAUAAACGAGCACGCGAAACCGCAUUAGCGCGCCCCAUGACCAGUGAAUGAGGUAAAGUGAAGUUCCUGCGCAUUGGCGACAGUUUUGGAAAACCCUCACGUAGUGCGCACCUUUUGAUCCGGCUGUGACCCGGCUGUGACCCGUCGACGCUGCAGCUGCGGCACGCUGGUGACCUUUGACCUGCCGGUGACCUCGUCGGACCAUUGGAUGCUCAGCCGUCGUGGCUCGACAGGGACAAGGCGAGGGGGCGAUUCAGGGGAGCCGCGGAGCCAGGAGACCUUCCACCUUCACCACGGACAGCCCCGUGCGCCCCGAGUCAGUGGGAGAUGGUCGGGCGGGGUUGUGCGCGGCCUGCGUGAUGGAUUACCGGACGGCCGGUGAGCUGACGGGCGUACAGGCCGACAAGGGCCAGUCGUACGUCACCGUCAUCCCUGUCGAGUACGCCCGCAGGAUGCCGGCAGGCCACGGAUUCCUCGACGACAGAUACUCCAGGGAGUACAUGCGAGAUCGGCUGCCCCCAGAGUACCUGGUACGCGAGUACAAGAAGGUCUCCCGCUAUGAGGAGAUGCGGUACUACGGCGGCGGCGGCGGCGGGGGCGGCGGCGGUCCGCCCCUCUCCUCCUCGCGCCCCCAGCCGCCGCUCUCCAGUUACGACCUGGGCGGCCUGGGCGGGGGCGGCGGCGGGGGCGGCAGCCGGCGGCGGUUCGAGCAGCUCGACCCUCGAGUCCAGUGUUACCCGCUGUCCAACACAUUGGGUCGCAGGAAGCCGGAGCACAAGAUCCGCGACCCUCUGGACGUGCACGAUGUCCAGCUCAGCCACUACAAGUCGUCUCAUCCGCACCACGCGGCGACGCUGCACCACGGGGCCAGUAUGCACUCUUCGCGCACCCCUCAGCACAGUCUACAGUCGCACAUGGUACCGCCUCACAGUCAGCAGCAGCUGCUGGGGCCGCCGCACAGCAGCCAGGGCCAGCACAUGAGCCAGGCGCACUCGGCCCAGCAGCUGCACUCGGCGCAGCAGAUGGAUCCGCGCUCCAACCAGCACCCUGGUCAGCAGCAGGCUGGUCAGCAGCACCCGAACCAGCACUCGAGUCAGCAGCACCAGAUGCAGCAGCUGUCCGGCCAGUCCCACCCCGGCCAGCACCCCGGUCAGCAUCCUAGUCAGCAUCCUAAUCAGCAUCCUAGUCAACAUCCUAGUCAGCACCCUGGGCAACACCCUGGACAGCACCCUGGCCAGCACCCUGGCCAGCACCCUGGCCAGCACCCGUCUCAGCAGCACGUGCCUCCCGGAGCCCGCUACGAUCCUCUGAAACACCAGCGACUCUACGACAAAGGUCUCUACGCCGACAUGAUGAAGGAAAAGCACGACAAGACCAUCUACAACGAGCGGAUGCGGGAGACCCACUCGGAGCCCAGCGUGCUGGGUCUGCACGCGCACGGCCGGCGCACGCCACCGUCGUUCGCUCCUCCGUCUGUGAGCAUGCCGCCGCCGCUGCCGGUCAGUGUGCCGCCGCCGCUGCCGCCCACUCAGAUCCUUCCUCCGCCAGCCGGCUAUCAGAACCAGCCGACCAAGAGACCGCCGAGUCCCGCACCGCCGGCCCUGACCGCCCAGCAGGCCGGGCCCAUACCGGGGAAGAGCCACGCGCCCACACCCAGCAGGAGGAAGAAAAAAGUGGCGCCGCUGGAGGUGUGCGUGUACCUGAUGUCGCAGCAGGCGGUCCGGCUGCAGGCUGAUGACGGAGCGGAGCUGACGGCCACUCAGCUCCAGCAGUGUGUUAUGGAGGAGGAGGACCUGGGCCUGCCGCCGCUGGCCGCCCAGGUGUUCGGCAUCUGGAUGACAUCGUCACAUCUCGAGAUCCAGCUGAAGCCGCACCACAAGCCGUUCCACAUACGCCGCGAGUGGCGCACCCUGCUCAGCAAAUACUCCUCGGCCGACGAGGAGCAGAUCCUCAAGGACGAGCCCAUCGUCUCCUUUCAGCGCAACGUCUUCUUUUCAAAGAAGGAUGAAAUGAAAAUACGAGACCCGAGAGUCCUGGAGCUGCUGUACGAAGAGGCCAAGUUCAACAUCCUCGAGGGUCGCUAUCCGUGCGAGGCCAGCGACUAUGACAUGCUGGCCGGCCUGCAGGCGCGACUCGAGCUCGGGGCCUUCGACGCCGAGAUACACACGCCAGACUUCUUCAGGUCACACAUCUCCGAGUACCUCCCAGACCACGUCAUCAGCCACAGCUGGUCCCUCAUCAGCAAGAUCGGAGGCAAAGCCAGCGCCGAGGCGCGCAUCAUCGAACAGUUCCGCAGCAUACCGAGCGGUGCCACGCGCCGCAAGCUGGUGCGCAAGUACCUCGAGUUCUGCUGGUCGCUGCCGUACUACGGUAGCGCGUUCUUCCACAGUCAGGUGGAGCAGCCGACUCGGUCUGUGCUCUCCGUGUUUUACCG